UAAACUGUCUCUGGUCUCUGUUUACCGUGUGUUUAUGUGUGGAGGGAAAGUUGAAACCGCUGUUAAUCGGGUUAUUAGCGGAUAUUAACACAUUUUACUGUGUUUAUUUUCUACCUUUAACAGUUUAUAGUUAAAUAAAUGCGUUAUUACCUGUAUGGUCGACAUGCCUGUUACUGCGAGCCUGUUUAACAGCUGGGCUGAGGAGAAUAACAACAUCAUCAGAAAGUGGAAGGAAUAUGAAAAAUGCCUCCAGCCACAGCGAGACACAGUAAAGCAGUGUUAUACAGAACUCAUUAAACUCCAGCAAAAAAUACAAGGUUUACCAGCCACUGCAGAGCUACUUAAACUUGAUCUCACAGUUUCAUACAACACCUUACUGUUUUCACUCAGCCACUCCAAACCUGAGGAGAUCAGGCGCUCAGUCACUGACAGUCUAAUCCGAGUACUUGAAGUGUUUGAAGCUGAGGCGCCCAGUACUGAUCCAGUUACAUUAUGGCAAGUUGUAUCAAAAACUGUUGGUGGUGCAGAGUAUCAGGCCUGGAUCCACCCGCUGCUGCUGAUCCAGUGGGUCAUCUGCCUCUCAGAAUGUCAGUUUGAAGAAAUCCUUCAUCUUCUUCAGCAGAUUAAACCACAAAAUAAGAUCACAUCGUCAGGGGAUCUCCUUGCAGAAAUCCGAAACCUCACCUUCUCCAUCCAAGAAGACGCCUCCCUGCUCGUUGCCAUAGCAGCCAAAGACCUCAAGGACCUUUUGCACAUCUGUACUUUUAUUUCCAAAGGAGUGGAGCUGAUGAAUAAAGAGAAUUAUACUGAAUCUCUUCUGGCUUUUCAAGAAGCUGCCACUCUCUCCUCACCCAGGACUCUCCUGGCUCAUGUCCACACUCUCACAGGUCUUAGCUUCACUAAGCUGGGAAGGCUCCAGAGUGCCCUUCACUGUAACAGAAAGGCCUUGGAAGUGGACUUCAGCUGCCAGAGGGCACUGUAUCAGAGCUCACUUGUCUACAAGCAAUUGGGCAACAGUCAGGCUGAAAUAGAGGCUCUAAAUCUCCUUCACUCUGCUGCUUUGUUAAAUAAUGAGAAAGAUCCAUCAAACACUCCAGCCCCCCUCAUAUCUCCUGAAAUGCUGCUUGGGAAGGAACAAAUGGCUUUCAUUAGCCAAAAACCCUCACCAGUUUCAAUACUGCACACACUGGCACAUAGAUGUGUGCUUAAUGACAGGAAUUCAGAAGGGGCUGAAUACUAUCUUGACCUUUUGGCUUCUUUACAGCCGGGCUCCAGACAACAUAUACCUACAAGCAAUGAUCCCCCUUUCCCAAGAAUCCCUGUGAUCUACCUUGAAGCCGCAUUCGCAAUGUUGAAAGCGAGAAGGUCUUGGGAUACUCUUGCCAUUUGUGAUGAAGUCAUUACUGAAACUUUGGACCUCAUCCCAGAACGAAUGCAGCUUCAUCCACCAAUAUCACAGCAGCAGCAGUCAGUUGGCCACAUAGACCUGAGUCUGGAAUCUGAGACUGUAGAGGAGAAAUUGGACUGUGUGCUGUGGUGUGGAGCAGCGUACUUCCUCCAAGGACAUGCACAUUUGCAGCUCAAGGAUACAAAAGAGGCACUGGUCACAUUUACCAGAGCUAUCAACCAACUGGUGAAAGUGUUUAUUAAAGAGAAAUUUUCAACAGUGAACAGUGCAGCUGAAUCAGGGGAUUUUUACAGUAAAGUGGCGACGCUGGAUGCUCUAAAGGGACGAACAUUGGCAGGCAGAGGGGUGUGUUUUGUAGAGAGAGGGCAGUUAAAGGAGGCCUUGCGGGACUUCCAGCUCAGUUGUCAGGCCUCCCCAGGAUGUAGAAAUACAGAGAUGUGGCUGGUUGAGAUUUUGUGGAGGCUGAACCGCAAGGAGGAGGCUGCAGCUUUGUGGAAACACAAUCAAGAAUCCACUGAUUCAUCUACACUAGUAGACAUGCCCCUGCAUCUACAGACGAGGGAGGAGGAUCUAACACACAUUGACCACAGCAGCUUAAACAAGAAUAUGGAGGAAUUCAUUCAGAGCUGUAGUGUUAAAACAGACAACAAUAGAUAAAAUAAAUUGAGGACUAUAAUGUCUUUGAACAUUCCACUUAUUGUUUGCUUUUCCAUAAAGUGUGUGGUGUGUGUACAUGAGAAAUAAAUAAAUGUAAAGAAUGUGUUCAA